AUGGGCCUCAAGUCUCCCAUCCCAAUCGAUCAGCUAACGCUCAACGAGCCCGUCCCAUACAAAAUCGAGGUCGACCGAGAACUUCUCGCAGUCACGAAGAAGAAAUUAGAGCUCGCCAGAUAUCCCGAGGAACAAAGCGACUUCGGUGAGGACGACUGGUCACAAGGGGCAAAGGUGUCACGGGUCAAGGAACUUGCGCAGUUCUGGAAGGAUGAAUAUGACUGGGAGAAGCAAGCGAACCAUUUAAACACAAUCUUCAACCACUACCUCGUCAAACUCGCCGUCCCGGGCUACGGCCACCUCGUCCUCCACUACACUCACACCAAGUCCCCCUCCCCCACCGCCAUCCCCCUCCUCUUCUCCCACGGCUGGCCGGGCUCCAUCAUCGAAGCCACCAAAGUCCUCUCACCACUCACCAACCCCGAGAACCCCUCCUCCUCCUCCACCCCUUCCUUCCACCUCGUCGCGCCCUCCAUCCCCGGCUUCGGCUUCUCCCCCGCGCCCCCCACCUCCGGCGUCGGCCCCACCAUCGUCGCGCGCGCCUACAAGCUCCUCAUGACCGACGUGCUCGGCUAUUCGUCGUUCAUCACGCAAGGCGGCGACUUCGGCUCGUUCAUCACGCGGUCCAUGGCGCUGCAGUACCCCACCGUCGUCCGCGCGCAGCACCUGAACAUGUUUCCGGCGACGCGGCCGGCGGUGCUGUCUGCGCCUCUGGCGUGGCUGCGCUGGCGCUUCGCGGGGCUGACGUACAGCGAGUGGGAGCGCGAGGCGCUGGAGGUGCGGGAGGACUUUGAGAUGCACGGAAGCGGGUAUCUGGAGCAGCAGCGGACGCGGCCGCAGACGCUGGGGUUUGGGUUGGGGGAUUCGCCGGUCGGGCUGCUGGCGUGGUUCGUGGAGAAGCUGCAUGCGUGGAUGGAGGUGAGGGAGGGGUUGUCGGAUGAGGAGAUCAUUACGUUGGUCAUGAUGCAUUGGAUACAGGGCGCGACGCCGGGACUGCGGUUUUAUCGAGAGGCGUUUGGCGAGAUGAGGGAGGCGGAGAGGACGUUUGAGGCGUAUGUGGCGGUGCCGACGGGGGUGAGUAUGUAUCCGAAGGAGCAGUUGCAUUGUCCUCGAGAUUGGGCUGCGCAGGUCGCGAACAUCAAGUUUUGGAAAGAGCAUACCCGAGGCGGACACUUUUCCUCGCUGGAGCGCCCGGAUCUGUUUGUUGCGGAUUUGAGAGAAUUCGUGCGGGUGCCGUCGGUGGAGAAAUCGAUCAUGAAGGCAGUUUGA